AAUACUAGAUUUCCAUUCUAUAGAUUUUACUCAGCAAACUCCCGCGGCUUCCCGGACUUAGCUGCCCAGUCGAAGGAGCCGGUUACUCAGCGACAGCCUAACUUCCACAUCUCGCAAACGAACGAUUGCGAGAGGGGUCAACAACAACCAAAGAUAACAAAUCACAAUGGCAGAGGAAGAGAUUAACAUCCCUUCCCUGGUGAUCGUACUGUUGGUCACUGGCCUAGCAGUACGCUACUUCUUCUUCAGCGGAAAUGCGUCUUCGGCAAAUCGCCAGCCGGGCGGGACAGGCGGCGCGACACCAGAGGAGUUGCAAAGACGGAGGGAACGAGAACGAGAAGCGGCGGUCGAAACGAUACAACAGAUGUUCCCACAGGUAGACAGACGGACUAUCCUGUGGGAUUUGCAGCGCCAUGGGGGAAACUUGCAGGCUACAACAGAAAGGAUUUUGGCGGGAAGAACGGAGACUCCUCCGAUCACCUUUCAGCCUCCGCCUCCACCCAGCUCGCCAGAGACAACCGCUGCUGCGCAGCAAAGUGCAGCUGCCGCCGCCGCCAGUAAAUACGCGGAAAAGAAGGUCCAUCCGGAUCUGAUCACAAGGUAUAACCUGAGGGACAAACUCGCCAGCGCCCCUUCGGAGGAUGCCGGGACGGCGGCGGCCGGCGCCCCAAAGACUGGAGGCUGGAGCUCGAAUCGCGAGGAGAGGCAGUCGUUACUGCGGACGAGGAGGGAUCAGAUGAUUAUCGAAGCCAGAAGGAAAAUGGAGGCUAAGAUUGCGGCGGAGAAGGCGGCUGCUGCUGCUGCUUCGGGCUCCGCCGGCGGCGGGGAUAACUGAAGGCCCAUGGGCUUGAAUUUUGGCUCUGUAAGGGGCAAUUUGGGGUGG